AUGUUUACAGCUGAAAGCUUACGAAAAGCUUGUUGCUCCUUAUUCACCUACCUGCCAUAUCUUGCUAUCAACUCCUCAGCACUUUCGAUCACAGCUUUCACUGUUGAACGAUUCAUAGGCAUAUGUCAUCCAUUUUGGGCCAGAACAAUAUGCACUGUGAAAAGGGCGAAGCUUAUCAUUGGCAUCAUCUGGGCAUUUUCGCUUAUUUACAACUUUCCAUGGCUCUUCCUUUCUGGGCUUAUACACGAUGAAGAGGGUGCUUAUUGUGAUUUUAAAAUGGGAAGAGAGGACUGGAAAUAUAAGGUGAUGUACGUAGGCGAUUUGGUUGGAUUCUAUGUUAUUCCGAUGUUUUUGAACAUUGUUAUCUAUGCAAAAAUUGCCAUAGUACUAAGUCAAUGUGGAGAAAAACUGAAGCAAGACCCAAAAGAAAAAAAUGGACAAACGAGCUCCUUGCUUUCAUCGCCACCACUGGGUGAAGCGAAGGAGAGUCACAUCACUGGGAGAAGAAAUUCAUCAAAGGGAAGAAAUCAGGUUGUAAAAAUGUUGGCUUUGGUCGUAUUCGUCUUUGCUACGUGUUGGCUACCGUAUCGUGCAAUGGUAGUCAAUAAUUCAUUCCGUGACGAGAAAUGGAAUUCUGAAGGGUAUAUUCUCUUCUCAAAGACGAUGAUUUUCAUUAAUUGUGCCAUCAAUCCAAUUCUAUACAACCUGAUGUCGGCCAGA